CUCCAGUUGCUGUGGUAUCCAGGGAGCCCUCCUCCUUCUGCAGGAGAUGCACGCUGGUCGUUGCUAAGGUCGCCUCCGCGGUAACAUGCACAUCCUGUUUACACCUCUAUCCGGAGAAGUUGGGCUCGGUUAGAGGCACCUGCUCCCCCCCCCAGGGAAGGGGCCGCACGGAGCGUGGCCCCCCCCCCCUUCCCCGCCGGACCCUCGAGGGAGCCGCGCGCCGGCGUCACCGGCACCAUGACGAACAACGUGGCCGACCACCACCCCGGGAACUCGGUGGCCGAAGGCAACCAUGAGGGGGACUUCGGGUGCUCCAUGGUGGAGCUCAGGAACCUCAUGGAGCUGCGGAGCGCCGAGGCGGUGGCCCGGCUCAACGACACCUACGGCGGCGUGCAGAACGUCUGCAAGAGGCUCAAGACGUCGCCCGUCGAAGGCCUGUCCGGGAACCCGACCGACCUGGAGAAGAGGCGGCAGGUCUUCGGCCAGAACUUCAUUCCUCCCAAAAAGGCCAAGACGUUCCUGCAGUUAGUGUGGGAGGCACUCCAGGACGUCACGCUGAUCAUCUUGGAAAUCGCAGCCAUAAUCUCCUUGGGCCUGUCCUUCUACCACCCCCCGGGUGGGGACAAUGAACUGUGCGGGCAGUCGACGGGCGGCGUGGAGGACGAGGGCGAGGCGCAGGCUGGCUGGAUCGAGGGGGCAGCCAUCCUGUUCUCCGUGAUCAUCGUGGUGCUGGUGACCGCCUUCAACGACUGGAGCAAGGAGAAGCAGUUCCGGGGCCUCCAGAGCCGCAUCGAGCAGGAGCAGAAGUUCACGGUGAUCCGCAAGGGGCAGGUGAUCCAGAUCCCGGUGGCCGAGAUCGUGGUGGGAGACAUCGCGCAGAUCAAGUACGGUGAUCUCUUGCCAGCAGACGGGAUCCUGAUCCAGGGCAAUGACCUGAAAAUAGAUGAGAGCUCGCUGACUGGGGAGUCAGACCAAGUCAAGAAAUCCAUGGACAAAGACCCCAUGCUGCUCUCAGGUACCCACGUGAUGGAGGGCUCUGGCAGGAUGGUGGUGACUGCCGUGGGCAUCAACUCCCAGACAGGAAUCAUCUUCACUCUCUUGGGCGCGGGAGAAGGAGACGAGGAGAAGAAAGUGAAGAAAGGUAAAAAAAGCGGAGCCCCCGAAAACCGCAACAAAGCUAAAACUCAGGAUGGUGUGGCCUUAGAAAUUCAGCCCCUGAAGAGCCAGGAAGGGGUGGAAAAUGAGGAGAAGGAGAAGAAGAAGGUGAAGGUGCCCAAGAAGGAGAAGUCUGUGCUGCAAGGGAAGCUCACGCGCCUGGCGGUGCAGAUCGGGAAGGCAGGGCUGAUCAUGUCGGCCAUCACCGUCAUCAUCCUGGUGCUGUACUUCGUGAUCGACACGUUUGGGGUGCAGAAGCGGCCCUGGCUGGCCGAGUGCACCCCCAUCUACAUCCAGUACUUCGUCAAGUUCUUCAUCAUCGGGGUCACCGUGCUGGUGGUGGCCGUGCCCGAGGGGCUCCCGCUGGCCGUCACCAUCUCCCUGGCCUACUCCGUGAAGAAAAUGAUGAAGGACAACAACCUCGUGAGGCACUUGGACGCGUGCGAGACCAUGGGCAACGCCACGGCCAUCUGCUCAGACAAGACGGGGACGCUGACCAUGAACCGCAUGACCGUGGUGCAGGCCUACGUGGGGGACACCCACUACCGCCAGAUCCCCGACCCCGAAGCCAUCCUGCCCAAAAUCCUGGACCUCAUCGUCCACGGCGUCGCCAUCAACUCGGCCUACACGUCCAAGAUCCUGCCGCCCGAGAAGGAAGGGGGGCUGCCCCGGCAGGUGGGGAACAAGACGGAGUGCGCCCUGCUGGGCUUCGUGCUGGACCUGAAGCAGGAUUACCAGGCCGUGCGCAACGAGGUGCCCGAGGAGAAGCUCUACAAGGUCUACACCUUCAACUCCGUGCGCAAGUCCAUGAGCACCGUGCUGAAGAACAGCAAUGGCGGCUUCCGCAUGUACAGCAAGGGCGCCUCCGAGAUCAUCCUCCGCAAGUGCACCAAGAUCCUGGACAAGAACGGCGACCCCCGGGUGUUCAAGGUGAAGGACCGGGAUGAGAUGGUGAAGAAGGUGAUAGAGCCCAUGGCCUGCCACGGGCUGAGGACCAUCUGCCUGGCGUUCCGGGACUUCCCUGGGGACCCUGAGCCCGACUGGGACAGCGAGAACGAGAUCCUGUCUGACCUGACCUGCAUCGCCGUGGUGGGCAUCGAGGACCCUGUGCGGCCAGAGGUGCCAGAUGCCAUCCAGAAGUGCCAGCGCGCGGGGAUCACCGUCCGGAUGGUGACAGGGGACAACAUCAACACUGCCCGUGCCAUCGCCACCAAGUGUGGCAUCCUGCUGCCAGGGGAGGACUUCCUGUGCCUGGAGGGGAAGGAGUUCAACCGGCUCAUCCGCAACGAGAAGGGAGAGGUGGAACAGGAGCAGCUGGACAAGAUCUGGCCCAAGCUGCGGGUGCUCGCCCGCUCCUCCCCCACUGACAAGCACACUCUGGUGAAAGGAAUUAUCGACAGCACCGUUGGUGACCAGAGGCAGGUGGUGGCCGUGACCGGGGACGGGACCAAUGAUGGCCCAGCCUUGAAGAAAGCAGACGUUGGCUUUGCCAUGGGCAUCGCGGGCACGGACGUGGCCAAGGAGGCCUCGGACAUCAUCCUCACCGACGACAACUUCACCAGCAUCGUCAAGGCCGUCAUGUGGGGCCGCAACGUCUACGACAGCAUCUCCAAGUUCCUGCAGUUCCAGCUGACUGUGAACGUCGUGGCCGUCAUCGUGGCCUUCACGGGCGCCUGCAUCACCCAGGACUCCCCCCUGAAGGCUGUGCAGAUGCUGUGGGUGAACCUGAUCAUGGACACCUUCGCCUCCUUGGCCCUGGCCACAGAGCCCCCCUCUGAGUCGCUGCUGCUGCGCAAACCCUACGGCCGCAACAAGCCGCUCAUCUCCCGCACCAUGAUGAAGAACAUCCUGGGCCACGCCGUGUACCAGCUCACCAUCAUCUUCACACUGCUCUUUGCAGGGGAGAGGUUCUUUGACAUCGACAGCGGCCGGAACGCGCCGCUGCACUCGCCGCCCACCGAGCACUACACCAUCGUCUUCAACACCUUCGUCAUGAUGCAGCUCUUCAACGAGAUCAACGCCCGCAAGAUCCACGGCGAGAGGAACGUCUUCGAGUCCAUCUACCGCAACCCCAUCUUCUGCACCGUGGUGCUGGGCACCUUUGCAGCCCAGAUCAUCAUCGUGGAGUUUGGUGGGAAGCCUUUCAGCUGCUCUGGGCUCACCCUGAGCCAGUGGUUCUGGUGUAUUUUUAUCGGAGUUGGGGAGCUCCUGUGGGGCCAGCUGAUCUGCACUGUCCCAACCAGCCACCUGAAGUUCCUGAAGGAAGCUGGGCAUGGCAUCACCAAGGAGGAGAUCCCAGAGGAGGAGCUGCCUGAAGACGUGGACGAGAUCGACCACGCCGAGAUGGAGCUGCGGCGUGGGCAGAUCCUGUGGUUCAGGGGUCUCAACAGGAUACAGACACAGAUGGACGUAGUUUACACAUUCCAGACCGGCGCCUCCUCUUUGCAGGGAGCCCUCAGGAGACAGCCUUCCAUCGUGAGCCAGCACCACGAUGUAAAAAAUGUUUCUAGCCCAACCCAUAUCAAAGUGGUGAAUGCGUUCCGUAGCUCCCUGUACGAAGGCCUCGAGAAACCCGAAUCCAGAAGCUCCAUCCAUAACUUCAUGACUCACCCGGAGUUCAUCCUGGAGGAAGACGAGCCUCGAACACCAUUCCUUGACGGCGCUGAAGACGACCCCGAGACUGACGGGCUCCCGGCGCGCGGCGGGGGCAGCCCGGGCGGGCCUCCAGCCCUCAACAGAAAUAACAAUGCAGUGGACAGCGAUCGAGCUGAGCUCUCCGUCCCGGAGCCCGAGAACCCCUUCCACAGCCUGGAGACAUCGGUUUGACCUUAGAACUUGGAAACCCCCCCUCCUCCUCUCCUCCUCCUCCUCCUCCUCCUCCUCGGCCCCUCGCCCGGUGUGACGUCGUCGGCACCAGUAACUGCUCACACCUCGUGUCAAACUGCUCAUACGUAUAUCAUUGGGGUGGUUUUUUUGGGGGGCUUUAUUUGUUUUCCUUUGUUUUGUUCUGUUGUUUUGGGGGGGUUUUUUGUUGUUUUUUUACCGUGAUUUAGCAGCGGGAACCAGAGUUACCACGAUGCUGGGUGUUGGGGAGAGAGGCUAAGCCAAAAAAAAUUGUGCCAUCUCCAUCCCUCGUUUUCAGUGGUACUCGCCCGGGUGAAGCAGCCAGGUUCUUUCCUCUCCAAGAGUUGGGCUCCAGGCGUGUCUGUCUGUUGGGGGGGGUUUUUCACUUUGCAAAAUGCAUGAUCAAAGGAAAAUUCGAGUUGGUGUAGUCUUACAUGCCCGCCCUCAGCCCGAGGGGCUGGGCUGCACUUGUGACUUUUAUUUUCUUUCUUUUUUUUCCCACUCGUGGUUUUUAGGGUUUUCUUCUAACGUUGGGGUUUGUUCUUUGCUCGUGGGAUUUGCUCCCAGGAACUCUGCAGUGGGAAAUGGGGGCAGUCAGCACUCUAGUGCGAAAACUAAGAAAUAAAACAACAAAACCCAGCCAGGGGAAGGUGUUUACUCGCAGGUUGAGAGAUACAGGGAUGUGCACCAGUCUUCCACCUUGAAAAAUGGUACCUGGCCUUUCCAGCUCCUCCUCUGAGUGUCCACACACACUUUUCUCUCUCUGUUUCCAAAUUGGCAGAUGAGGAAUGAAGGUGACUUGGCUGUAACUUUGCUGGAUGGAAAAGAUUCCGAUUUUUCUGCAAAGGUGGAGGUGAACUGGCAGUGAAAAGGUGGUGGGGGGAAAAAAAAACCCCAAGGUUGUGAGAAAUGUGGCUCCUUCCUGGGGAAUCUUAAGAGAGGCCUCUCUGCUGCUCUUGAUCAGGUUGUGAAACUCCUGGUGAGAGCUUUGCCAGGGUUUUAUGGCUCCUGCCAUCGAGAGCAGAGGGAUUUCUGCCCAUUCUGGCUUUUCUGUGCUGUUGGGUUAAAUAAUCCUUCAGCCUUGGAGUAGCAGCUCCAGUGAACUGCUGAGGAACCUCAGAGCUGUGCCCACCAGGCUGAACAGAGAGCAGGGGGCACUGAGGGCACACUGGGCCAACUCCCAAGUCAUGGAAGGGAUGAAUUAGAGGUUGUCUCAUUAUUCCAUAGAAGGGGGGGAGGCUCCAUGGCCAGUGGAGGACCUUUGACUUCCUGGAGCUGCUUUGCCAGAGGAGGUGGCAGUUGCUUGGUUGGCUGCAGAUCUUCCAGAGAAGGUGCUGCUGGAGGCUCGGCCUCGCUGCUUUUUUGGAGGUCAUCUCUUCCUUCACCCUGUGUCCUGCCUCACCUCCACCCCUUGAAACCUUUCAGGGAGAGUCCUGUUUUUUGAGCAGAGGCCCCUGUUGGCUCCGAACUGCCCCUCUGGUGACCCGUGGCCCUGAGCAGGAGGCAGGAUUUGCUUUGCUUGAGUUCCUUCCCCAGGGUUGUGGCCCCGGGCAGGCAGGGCCGGAGGAAGCUCUACUGCCUUCCUUCCCUCCUCCAUCCCGGUUGGAAGCAGAAAGAACCUGGUUGUAACUGGCUGUACAACGUCAUCUUUGCCCGGCUCCACCCCUGGGAGCAGCAGAGUUUUAGGGACAAGGGUGGGCUGGGCUGGUUUCUUCUUUUCCUUUCCUUUCAGAACGCACAGCAGAAUCUCCCGUGCCUUCUCCGAGCACUGCCUGCAGCACCUCCUGCCACGCCAGGGCCCAGUACUUUGCCAAGAAAUAAGUGUUCCUUAAACCACAACACAAACCAAGUGUCUUUGUUUUGUUUCCAGCCCAGCCCCGACCCCGUCCCUUCCUCGGGGUGGGAGGAGGGAAGGAUGAGCCGCCCCAUUCCUGCCCCAGGUAGCUGAGGAAAGGUCCUUCUCCCACCCCUCGUGCCUGGGUGCUGGCCAGGGGUGAAGGCUGGGCUCUACACUGCCAACAGCCAGAAGAAAUUGCCACCACUGCCCAUCCCAAAUUUCAGUGUCAACCCCCUGCCCAUCGCUGCCCUCCCAGUCCCCCCUCCCCUCCCCAAAACCCACCGUGGGCAGGACCUUUGGGGGGGGGUUCUUGGGUUUAAACACGAGUUGGUGACAGGAAAGACCGAAACGGGGGGGGUGGUUGUGGGGUUUGGUUCUGUACUAAAAGGUGACAUUGCUUAAAAACAAAAAAAAAAAGAAAAAAAAAUUCACUUUUUUCUAUUUUAAAUACUCGCAAAAAAACAAAAACCAAAAAAAAAAAAGGUGAAAAUAUGGUGUUCUUACAAGCUUACGUAAAUAUUUAUUAAAUACUUUUUUUCUGGGGGGGGAUGCACCGAUUCAUUUUGGUUUUGUUUUGUUUUUUUUUUCUUUUGAUAUUUUUUUAAUACCUCAGACCUGUUUAAAAAAAAUAAAAAAAAAAAAGACUUCAACCAACCAAAAGCCAAGUUUGGAGGCUCUCAAAGUCACUCCCACAAAUCUGUGACUGGCAGGUUGCCACAAGGGUCUGGUCGUUCUUUAGUUGCUCUAUUUUUGUCAUUCUAGGUUUUCCAUAUUUAGGAGGGGGAGAAAUAAUUAUAUAUAAAUAUUAUGCAAAAAAAAAAAAUCUAGUUUUCUUUAGAUCAGAAACUGAUAUUUUUACGUCAGCCAUAUGUAUUUUGUUUAAAGAGAAGUAAAUAAAUAAAUCUUGAGUCCCGGCGCGACUGUGUGACGGCAGGUCCAAGGGACAGGUAAUUAAUUCCGUGGAUUAAUUAAUUCAGCCAUCGGAUGCCAGUCAGCUUCCUUUUCUCUGAGCAGCCAUCUUUCUACUAGACGUUAGUUGGGUGACACAAAUGGGUUUUUUUUAUAUAUAUAUAUAUAUAAAUUAUGUUGGUAUGGCUGGUUGCUUCAAGUAUAAGCGUUUCUUGUGCGUACAAAUUUCCUGUAAAGUAUUUGGGGGGGGGGUUUUUGUUUUAUUUUUUUUUUUUGUUUCAGUGAUAUACUGGCAGCAGCUGACUCUUGGCUUAAGUUAUUGAGGACAUUUACAAAAGAUUUGGGGGAGAUUGGUGCUCCAAAAGGCAUGGUCGGCGGCACGAACUUUUGGGGACUCUCUGCAACAUGCCUUGACUAGGGGGAGAUCUAUAUAAAUAUAUAUAUAUAUAUUAUUAUUAAUUUUUUUUUUUUUUUGCUUUGUUUGAACUGCCACGAGUGCGCACGGGGACAGUGCCCGACAGGAACCGAAGUCAUACCCUGUGAUCCGUGUUAACUUGCCUUGGAAUGCUUUGUUAUUAAAACACUCUGAACAUAAUUUUGCAUCCAGUUCUUGAUCCCAGGAGGGUCUCUGGUGGUGGAUUUUUUUUUUCUGUGGAAUAAAUUGGCGGAUUGGUACCAAAGACAUCCCACCACGCCCUUGUGCGCGUUGCUGACCAGGCAGCUUCUGAGGCGUUUUGCAUUCUGUGCUGAGGUUUCCUUUCUGGUUUGCACAGGGGAGUUUUAACUUCGUUUUUUCAAAGGUUUCGUGCAAUAAGCUUCGAGGGAAAUUUCGGAAACAAUCUCAAGAAGGAAAAAAACUAAACCAAAUUUUAGCAUGGGCGGCCUUUGGCUUUUACCCCUUCUCGUGCGAGGAGUCGAUGGCCUGGAGUGUUCAGCCCCAGCUGCUGGGGAGGGGCACGAUGGGGGUGACUGGAAAAACCCCAUCCCAAAUCCAGGGAGGGCAUCUCCAAGGUGCCACAGCCGAGUCCUGCUGCUCUCCCUGGCUGCAGGGACUGCACCAAAGUCCCUGGAAGCUUUUUUGGGAGGGCACCCGUAGCUGCAUCGUGUCCUGCUCCGUCCCACUCCUACAAGUUCACGGACAUGGAUCCCUAAAAUGCACUCCCAGCUCUCCCCUUGGAGCACAGGGAUGUGGGGAUACCUCUCUCCUGGACCUGCCCCAAACAGAGCCACCCAACCAGGUGGGUUUUGGCCCCUGGUUCUUCCUCUCCAGCAUCCCCCCCCGGUGAGCUCUGCUCUCCUCCCGCUCACCAAAGGCCCCGAUUUUCAUCCAGCAAAGCCCAUGGCUAAAACUGCCUUUAGUUUAUUUCCUCCCCUUCAAUAAAUAUAUAUAUAUACAGUAUGAAAUCAACAUUUAUGUGUGUGUAUAUAUAUUUAUCCCGCGCUCUCACAACAAAACUUUCCUUUGAAGAGGGCACGCAGAGCCGAGUUUUUCUUUUCCAGUAACUAAGUAUAAUAAGCACUGGUAUUUUUGUAUAAAAAACGGGGGAAAAAAUAAAAUACAAAACAAAAGACUGAAUAUUAUGUGGUAUGCAUGACAUUAAACAACAACAACAAAAAAAAAAAAUGGUGGUUUCAAAGCAAUAUGUACCCUGGUGUGUUUGCCAUAUCCUACAGUCCAGCUUAAAGUGCACCUGAUCUGUAUUGCAUUUUGAUAUUAAUCUCUAUGUACAAUGUUUUGCAUGUAAUUUAUAUGGUUCUUGGGAGAAAAAAAAAAAAAGAAUCUUGAAUGAAUUGUCAGUUGGCUUCUUCUGAGCAAAACAGACUCCAAGCAGAGAUAAUACUCCAAGUGGAAGCAGAAGAGUGGUUGAGGGGUGGGAAAAGGGGGUACACAGUUCAAAACCAGGCGUGCUGGGGGUGGGGGAGAAGGGGGAUGGUUUGGAAUCAAUAAAGCUUUGGCUGUUGAGCAGAAACAAUGCGCGAGUGCAUCCAGAGAAUAAACUGUGCCCACGUGUAA